GAUUCUAUCGAAUAUAUCAACAAUGAAAUAGGUUAUGCUUCCCACAAGUGUAAUCUGCAAGUUGCGGUAUAAUCAGAUAUAAUUUUGAAAAUACAUUCAUUGCUCGUGAAGUUGCACAAAAUAAUUUUUAUUUUUUCGACAAAAUGUUAUUUACGAUCGAAAAAUAUGCGAUUCGUGUUGGAUCAAGAUACUUACGACGAUAUUUCUCCAAAAAUGUGGACAUCGCUGUGAACAACACUCAAGAAUUUGUACUACAGCCUGAGGACAGUUUUACAUCAAUACGUCGAGAAGGUCAAAAAUCCUUGAAGAUUGCUCUUCUGGGCGCACCGAAUGUUGGAAAAAGCACGCUCGUUAAUCAACUUAUUAAGAGAUCGGUAUGCCCUACAUCUUCCAAAGUGCAUACUACGCAAGCCAAAACUAAUGCAAUUUAUUGUGAAGAUGAUACUCAGUUAAUAUUUAUGGACACACCUGGUACGGUUUCUGAGAAUGAAUUAAAACGAUACAAGUUAGCUAACAGCUUCAAAACAGACCCAAAAGUCUCUUCGCAUACAGCAGAUAUUAUAGGAAUUGUGCAAGACACACAAAAUUUAUAUACCAGAGACAAGAUUAAUCAGAAUAUAUUGAAAUUAUUGACUGAAGAUAUAAGAAAUAAGAUCCCUAUGAUCCUGAUCCUUAAUAAAGUAGACAAAUUGAAGAAGAAAGAGAUAUUGCUGCAUCUUGUGAAUGUUUUUUCCAAAGGCAAAUAUUCUCUGAAUUUUCAUGACAUAUUUAUGAUAUCUGCUUUGACUGGGGAUGGUGUGGAUGAUUUGAGGACUUAUUUUCUGGACUCUGCUAAGCCAGGAGAUUGGCAAUAUCAGAACAAUGUGUACAGCAAUCUCACAUGUGAGGAUAUAAUACAACAGACGGUACGUGCAAAGUUGCUAGACAAUUUACCGAACGAAGUUCCUUAUUGCUUGCAAGUGAGAUUAGAACACUUUGAUGUGGGACCCAACGAUAAUAUCAAUGCGAUAAUAUCCGUUACAUGUCCUACCAAGCGUAUUGUUAAUCUUUUACUGAAUGGAAAAGGUAAAAGACUUAAAAAUAUCGCGGUUGUGGCGGAGAAGGAAUUGCGGUAUGCUUUUCGAACGUCAGUGAAAUUGAAAAUUUCUGUACAAUUGUGAAAUAAUUCGCUUUUUACAAAAUAAAUUUGUUUAUAUUAUUGUUACAUAUUUUACUAUUUUGAAGUAAUUUUAUUAAAGUAAUUUUAUUAUAGUUAUUAGUUUACUAUCCAAAAAG